CCAACUGGAGACCGAAGUCACGUGUCUACUGCGCCUGUGGGGACACGUGGAUAUGCUGCCCCCGAAUAUGUUGAAACGGGUCAUCUUACAAUUAAGAGUGACAUAUGGGGCUUUGGGGUUGUGCUUUAUGAGAUACUCACAGGAAGGCGGACUUUGGAAAGAAACCUCCCCGUGAUGGAGCAGAAGCUUCUAGAUUGGGUGAAACAUUUCCCGGCUGAUAGUAAGAGAUUUUACAUGAUAAUGGAUCCCCGACUUCAAAACCAAUAUUCCCUAACUGCGGCCAGGAGAAUCGCUAAGUUGGCAGAUAGUUGCUUAAACAAAAACCCAAAAGAUCGGCCAGCUAUGAGUGAAGUGGUCGAGAUCUUGAAACAAGCAAUUCAAGAUUCAGAAGAAGGAACUUCUUCACGUGAGAAGUCCUCAGUCAUCCAGAACUCAUCUGUCUGCCUCAGACAAGCAGAUUAAAGUUACCAAUGCUGGCAGAGAUAUGGCUCGUGCGGUUCAGGCUUGAAUGUAAAGGACAAAAUGGUCAUUUUGUGCAUAUCUGUAAAUUUUCAUUCCUGCUCAAUUCAAUGCAACUCGUCAGAAUCAUUUUUGUGACUCCUAAAUCUAAGUUAGCAGGAGUGCUUUUGUCCUUACAAUUUCAUUCCUUCUGAAGAUUUAAGUUUCACAAUCAGAGAGGAUAGAUUUUAUUUUUGUUUUCGUGUAAUAAACUUAUGAUUUACAAUUUUCGUUCAUGAAUAUUCAUCUUAUUUCCGUGGACUUCUA